AUGAUGGAAAAUGGCAAAAAUAUGUGCGGUUGGCAUAGUGACGUUCGUACUCCACCAGAAAUCGUCGCUUCUCGUCGAGCUUUAAAGGACGAGAAAAUGUGUAUUUGUAUGCCAGACAAAAUUCAUGGUGAACUCAUCAACAUUCAGAAAAUUUCAUCUUCAUCACAAUAUUCUCAUGAAGAAAAGUUGAUCUCGAGGUCGACAGAAAUAUUUAAUUACUUCCAUGACUGCACCACUAGCCAGAUGAAUGAAGAAGAAGUGAAGAAGAAUUAA